AUGUCAUCACCUUCUAUCCCUCUUCCCCCAUUGCCCCCCAGCCCCCUGGCCAUGGAGUACCUAAAUGACUUUGAUCUGCUCAAAUUUGAGGCAAAGGCUGACUCUCCUCCCCCUCCUCCACCAUGCUCAUAUCCAAAAGAUGUCCAACAACAGCAGGACUCCUCAUCAUCCCCCUAUGUGGUUCAACCUCCUCCAGAUUCCAGCCUCAGUUCUAGCCCCUACACUUCUCUACCUCCCUCGCCAACUCUCAGUGAUGCUCAUCCGCUUCCAUCUGUCUCUUCUUCCUCCUCCUCUUCGAUAUCCAUCCCUCUCUCUAUCUCUGCCAGCUAUGUCUCUGGAUUAAGUUCCACCUCACAAGGGAAUCUGGAUUGCAGCCCUGCACCUGGUGUCCCAGGCCAGUGUCCAAACCCCACGUCUUUGGAAGAUCUGUUCUGGCUGGCAGCAAUCCAGCAGCAAUUUGGAGGGGAUGCUUCUCUCCUAGAGGCCUUAGGAGGAACAACAGAGAGAGGUGACAGAGACAGGGGGAUCGUUGGGGGAUUUCUAGGAUGUGAAGAUGCAGUGGAGGUGCUACUCAACUCGGCUGCCGCUGCUGUGAGCUCACAGUUCCCAGUUCUGUCUCAGAGCUCUGGGAGCAGUAAUCUGGGAGACUCAAGCAGUGAGAGUGGAGGUGAUGUCAAAGCUUCGGAACUGUGUCACCGUCCUCUCGUUUUUGUUUCCUCUGGCCCUCCAUCUCUCCACAAUGGCAAUCCAGCCCAAGGCACGUACCAACAGCCUUUAAGUCCUUCAUCCCGCCUUCAUCAUCCGCAGCAUCAUCAUCCUCAUCAUCACCAUCACCCGCAUCAUCUCAUUAACAAUCAUCACACUCACCAUCAUCAUCAGCUCCAAGCUAGCCAGUCUGGAUUGGAUGAGCGUUUUUCAGAUGAGCAGCUCGUUAGUCUGUCUGUGCGUGAGUUGAACAGGCACUUGCGUGGUGUGAGUAAAGAUGAGGUGGUGCGUCUGAAGCAAAAACGUCGCACGCUGAAGAACCGAGGCUAUGCUCAGUCCUGCCGUUACAAACGACUGCAGCACAGGCAUGCACUUGAGUCUGAGAAACACAUCCUCACACAGCAGCUGGAGCAGCUGCAGUGCGAGCUGUCCCGUGUGUUGAGAGAGCGAGACGCCUACAAAGCUCGUUACGAGAAGCUUGUUAACUCCAACGAGGCCCCGCCCACUCAAACCAACAACCCACCUUCUCCUUCCACAGACUAUUUCCUCUGA